AUGUCGCAUCCAAAAGAAAUUGACAAGUCGAUCGCAACUGAUACUAUUAUAGCUGAAAUCAAUUCAUCUCCUAACGACGAACAAAUCGAUUCAAUUUCUUUCACUUCUGAAGAACUUCAAACUACGAUUCGUAUUGAAGUACGUGCAUCAAAAGCUAAAAUUGGUCCGACAAUGGCUCACAAAAUACGAGCAGUUUUGAAAGGAGGAUAUGAAUAUGUAGGGGCGAAGGCAGAUGAAAGAGAAAAGGCUUUUUAUGUAGAGUUUGGAGAAGUUAUACCUUUUGAUGCAACUUUUAGAACAAACAAGUAUAAAAUGGUAUUUGUUCGAUUCACAGCAGUUGACCACCACAAGAAAUCAGUUACUGUUGGUGUUGGGUUGCUAAGUAGAGAGACAAUUGAGUCGUAUGAAUGGAUGCUUAAAGCUUUUCUUAGAGCUCAUGAAGGGAAAUCACCAAAAAAUUUUCUAACUGAUCAAGAUGCAGCAAUAAAACAAGUAGGGGAAUCUAUCUUACCAAAUUCAAGACACAGACUAUGCAUGUGGCACAUAGUGAAAAAACUGCAAGCAAAGAUUACUGGCGAUUUAUUUAAAAAUAAAGACUUCAAGAAAAGAUUUAACAAGCUUGUUUGGAACAUGCAUAUCAAACCUGAUGAAUUUGAAAAGAAGUGGGAUUUGAUUAUUAAUGAAUUCAAUCUGGAAGAUAAAAGAUGGUUUAAUGAUAUGUUUGAAUUACGUGACAAAUGGAUACCUGCAUACUUCAGUGACACAAGAAUGUCUGGAUUGAUGAAAACCACUUCAAGAUCAGAAAGCAUGAAUUCCUUCUUCAACACUUACUCUCAAUCUUUAAAUUUACUUUUACAUUUCAUGAUGAACUAUGACACAACAAUUCAAAAACAACGAAAUACACAACAAGAGCUUGAUCAUCAAACAAAGAAGGCAGUAUAUAAAUUUAUUUCACCACGACUAAUACAAAAAAUGCUGCAAAAGUUUAUACAAGUACAGAAAGAAAUCUAUAAAGGUUCCUGGACAUAUGUUGAAGAGGUAGGAAAGCUUAUGGGCAUAACUAUUCCAAAAGACAUUGACAUCAAUGUUCCAAAUGUUCAAAGCAAUAAAGGAUGCGGAAAGAAAAAUAGAAUUCAAAGUGCAGCAGAAAUAGCGUAUAAAAAUUCAAACAAGCAAACAAGAAGAUGCUCAGGAUGUGGAGAAAGGGCUCCUCAUAACUUGUGGACAUUCCAAAUCAAACUUGCAGCAGAACAAUCAUCAAAAGCUACAUAG